CAGCCAGGUGCAGAUCUCGGGCCCGUUAUUUCCCCGCAAGCCAAGGAGCGCAUCUGUCAUUUGGUACAGUCUGGUGCUGAUGAAGGUGCCAAGGUACGAGAGACCAGCUAUUCACUAACCCUUUAAGCUCCAACAUACGUCUUCUCCACUCUGUUCGUCAUAAAUUUUUUAUGGUACUGCUGGAGAGAAUUUGUUCCUUCAUCAAGACUAUUCAUCUUUGGUGAUCAUUAUAUUUUUUCUCAUGACCUGUAUUUUGAUCAAGCAUUACUAUUGUUAGGAGAAAUUGGAUGCUGGUUUCCAAUAGGGCUUAAAGGGUUAGAGGAGCGGCCCUUUCAAUCAAUCACUGUAUUAGCGGACAAAUAGCUAUGAGACCCACGCGAGCUUCAGUGAAAACACUUCUUCGCCGGCUUAUUUCACUUCAGCCUCCUCCGCAAGUACUAUUUUGACCAAGCAACCUCGCUCAUCGUCUGAAAAUCACUUGAUGCUGAUUGAUCACGUUUCCUUGUCUCUUAGAUUGAACUGGAUGGCCGUGAUAUUAAAGUCAAAGGUUUUGAGAAAGGAAACUUUAUUGGACCUACUAUCGUGUCUAAUGUCACAGUAAGUGAAAGUGUUAUGGGUGCGUUUUUCUUACGUUGAGUGACAACACAAAUUUUCGCAUUUUCUCGCGUUUUUCAGGCGAGCUAUUCCCGUCGCGCGUGUCUCGCGUUCCACGCCUGCUUCGUACUCGCCAAAAAACGCGAAAAAUAGCAUCUCUUUUGCUGGCUAGAGAACCCGAACAGAUAGAUCCUUGGCGGGAUCACGAGUUUGUAAAUUUUGAACUCAGAGGUUGAAUCAAUCUGUUGCAUCACUCAUUGAGUCUUUUCUUUGUUUUCAGCCGGACAUGACGUGUUACAAGGAGGAAAUCUUUGGACCUGUUCUUAUUACCAUGAAUGUAGAUACUCUUGAUGAGGUAUCAGAAUGAUCAUUGUCUAAAUAAUUCUCCAUAUAUAUUAUCUGUACAUUUUCAGUCGGAAGGCGCUGUUUGAGAAUUAAGAGAAUCGUAAACACGGAUUAUGGUACUGUUUUCCAAAAAUACUCUCUUAACUUUAGGGUGCUGUACGGCUUUUAAAGUGAUGUUACACGGGACGAUUCGCAAUGACGAUUUUUAGCGCAACGCAACAUGGUUUGCCUUCGCUCGUCUGAAAACUGAACGCGAAAAACUUAACGCCUGUUCUGCAGGCUUCUAGGAAAUAGCCUACUUUUAUCUUACGACUGGCGUUUGAUUCCAGGCCAUUGAAGUUGUGAACAAGAACCCUUACGGUAAUGGAACCGCUAUCUUCACAAAUUCUGGAUCAACUGCUCGCAAGUACCAACAUAAAGUCGACGUCGGUCAGGUAUGAUUCCUAACUUGAACUAGCGUAAUUACCUUUUCAUUUUUUCCAAAAGAUUGAGCUUUUUUUUGCUGAAAACGUUUGCGCCUGUGAUAAAUAGGGCGGGCAAAUUGCGCCGUUGAUAACGCCAGUUUUCAAACUGAACACGCGGAACUUUUUAGUAAAACUUCCUAAAAUUUUGAGUAAAUAACAACGCUUUGAUACUGAAAGUAAUAACCUUAGCUUCUAGUAUUUUGUUUAGCUUUUGUAAAUUUCUUGUUUUUGUUGUUGUUGUAUCGUUUGUAAUUAAGUUCUUUACCUGUCACAUUCAACACCAAGAUAGUCGCCUAUACAGUAACGCUUUAUCUCGACGAUCUUACGGAAAAAUAGAGAACGUUAAACAGUCUGUUUUUAAAUUACCACGUAACAGAAUCAUUCCUUCUUGUAUUUUUGGGCGGCUUUUGAUAUUUGUCUUAUUACCAUGGUGAUAGACUUCCAUAGUUAAGGCCAGUUAUAUACUGAUGUUUUUAUUCCCAGGUUGGAGUGAAUGUCCCUAUUCCCGUUCCUCUUCCCAUGUUCUCUUUCACCGGGUCACGUGGAUCGUUCUUGGGAGACUCUCACUUCUAUGGAAAACAG